CGCAACCUCAAAUGAAAUCCUGUAGUGUUUACAAAGACUUCUUUAACCUACACAAUAUGCCUCGCGAGCUAUUAGUCCCAGAUGAUCAUGAAUUAUCUCUUACACCGGAAUCAAUAACCAUGGAUCCUAAACUCUUAGAGAAAUUUUUGUCACAGUUUUUACCUCAACCUAUUAUUCCUUUAUCUUCGGUUGAAGAGACCAAUACUGAGACGAAGAAGAAAAAAGAAGAAAUCACAAAUAUUCUAUUAGCUUGGGAUGAAGAGCAUGACCAUAUCAUGGAGGAAACAAAAAGCCGCAAGCUACGUGGACUUUUUUUUUAAAGACAAACCCAACUUGAUUGCCGAAGUGCGAUCCAAUAUAUUAGAAACACAUAACUGGAAAGAAGUCUUUGAUGCAUUGCAAGAUGCCAAAGAGACAUAUAGUAACCCGACGGGUGUGAAAGUUGUACGCAAAUGGUUCAGAAAGGCCGCAGACAAGUCAAACCUAGUCGAGCCAUUUGUUGAUUUCAUUCCCGAUUCGGAUUUCUCCUCCGUAAUUUGCGGAGGAAUCAAGUUUAUCCUCAAGGCGUGCAUGGCUUCCAAGACAUUUCGGGAGCAAGCCUUCGAACUCAUUGGUCAGCUACCUGAGAAAGUAGGCAUUACUGGUCAAUACUUGGAGCUGUACCAAAGCGACGAUCAGCUGCAGGAUGCAUGCAGUGAGCUAUUUUGCAACAUACUUUCCGCUAUCCAGAGCAUCAUGUACUGGCUAAUGAAAGACCAUACGUUUGAGUGGCUGAAACCCAUCUUGCAGCAAAAUUCGUACAAUCCUCUUAAAGAGAGGAUUAAAGACGUUGGUAAAUCUUCAACUCGUGUAGAUCAAAUCAUCAAACUAUGUAUCAGCAAGCAGGUAUCCCAAAUUUCAGGUCAGGUCAAUAAAGUCGAACAAAACAUGGCCUGGAUUAAAAAAGCCGCAGAAACACUGCUUUUUGAAAUGAUGCAACAAGCUAAAUGGCAUUCUGCAAUAGAGCAGCAUAUAAUGAGUCAGGCCAGUCAAAGCUUAGAACAUAAGCCAGAAGUAGUAAUCUCGCAGAAGAAUCUGUUGCUUCUACUGGAUCCUAAUGCUGUCGCUAUAUACUCUGCUCAGAAACCAGUUCUCAAAAAAGUAUUGAACGCUGGACUGUCCAUGGGCACGGAGGCGCAAAACCGUGUCGAGUGGCUAUUGACAAAUAAGAACAUCGCUCAUUGGUUUACGUCAACCGGAUCACAGACAAUUCUCGUCAAUGGCCAUGGUUCCUUGGAGCGGAUUACACCAAUGUCCUUUUUCUGUGCUAUGCUCGCACAGAGCUUAAACUCGACUGGCUCGAUCAUCUUGAGCCAUUUCUGUGGCCUUCAGAUGCAUGACACAGGCUCAAAAAAUUCACGAGAGCAAAAAACGAGCGGCUUGUUAAGAAGCCUUCUGAUACAACUUCUGGCGCAGUGGAAAUUUCCCAAUAUUUCUUGCCUCGAACACGACUUCAUGGAGAAGCUGAAGAGAACCAGUCCGAAUUGGAGCUCUCGCCGACAAAGGCAUCUUUUCCAAUACUUAGUGGCAGCACUUCCCCAAGCGACGCCCAUCUUCAUCAUUAUUGACGGCACGAAUUAUUACGAGGUUGCAGAUUUGCGUGAUGACAUUAAAGAAGUGGUGAAGGAAAUUAACAAAUUUCUCUCUUCAGAGAGUGUAGGAGCAAUGGUCAAAAUAUUAAUCACGAGUCCGACACGGUCAUUCAAUUUCACCCAAUAUUUCGAAACUAAUGAGAUUAUCAAUGUACCCAAAGAUAUAGACGGCAUAAUGACGAGCUUUUCCGAGUCCAGACUUAAACUACAGUUUGAUUCGAAAGCGGCAGCUUUGGAGCGUUCGUUAAGUAGAAACGGGCACAGGUAAGAAGAUGUGUGCUACUCGAUUAUCUAGCCUACUACUCGGCGGUGGCAGUAAGGCCUCAUGCUAAAUAGUCAUGGUCUUCAAUUUAAAUCCCCAAUAGCACAACAGAGUUCAU